GGCUCGACAGUGGGCACCGCGUCAUCUGGCAAGGCAGUGGGCUCCGAGUCAACAGGCACGACAGUGGGCACCGGGUCACCAGGGUCACAAUGGAUCGUCUGGCUCGACAGCGGGCAUCGGGUCACCAGGUAUGACAGCGGGCCCUGGGUCACCAGGCAUCAGGUCAUUUGGCUCGCCAGCGGGCACCGCGUCAUCUGGCAAGGCAGUGGGCACCGAGUCACCAGGUACCGGAUCAUCUGGAUCAACAGCAGGCAUCGAGUCAACUGGCCUAAUAGGAUCGUCAGGCUGGAUCAGUUCAUCAUGCUGGGUAGAGGCUUCAGGCCGAGUAGAGGCUCCAGGCCGAGUAGAGGCUCCAGGCCGAGUAGAGGCUCCAGGCCGAGUAGAGGCUUCAGGCAGAAGAGAGGCAUCAGGCAGCGUACAGGCAUCAGGCUGAGUACAGGCAUCAGGCUGAGUAGAGGAUUCAGGCUGAGUAGAGGAUUCAGGCUGGCAGAGUAGAGGAUUCAGGCUGAGUAGAGGCUUCAGGCUGAACCACGGAAGGCAGGUUCACCGGUUUGGAUACUGGCA